ACAGCAAACCCAGACUGACCAGUGCUGCGCCAACACCCACUCGUCUGGCUGUCCUUCACCCAGCAGCCGCUAUCAUCAGGACGACUACACUUCAGAGAGGUGUCUCUAAAGCCAGCAGGCCGCACACACGUACCAUAACUACUCAGAAUGAACCUUGAGCCGCCAAAACCUGAGAUCAAGUCGGCCACCCGUGUCACCGGAGGCCCCGCCACCCCACGCAAGGGACCACCCAAGUUCAAGCAGAGGCAGACCCGCCAGUUCAAGAGCAAGCCUCCGAAGAAGGGAAUCCAGGGUUUUGGUGAUGAUAUCCCUGGAAUGGAGGGCUUAGGCACAGACAUCACUGUCAUUUGCCCAUGGGAGGCCUUUAAUCACCUGGAGCUGAAUGAGCUGGCCAAAUACGGCAUCAUCUGAGCCCUCCUGCACCUUCCUGCAAUCCCCUGAGGAUUACAGGCCACCUUCAUACUCUUCAAACCAUCUGCCUCAGGCUCCAUCUCCUAACUUCAAAUGGAACUAUUCCAACAUAACAGACUGUAACAAACACAAAAAAAUGGAAAAACAGGAAAAGAAUCAACAAAAAAAAAAACUUUCUGUCCUCUUUCUCAGGAUUCUUCUUCUGCAGUUCACACGCAACAUCUGCUCAUGUUUAGGAUCUGUUGAUUUGAUUCUGACAUCAUCUCUAGAUCUGCACUGUUUCUCUAAACUGCCAGGGUCUUCUUCUCUUCUCUUGCUGUUCUCCUAGUUUUUUCUUCUUCUUUCCGUCUUCCUCUCUCUUCUUCUCACGGACAAAACAUGAAACUUACGCAAGCAAGGCAGCCUCAAAUUGAGUUAAGUGACAAACCCGUGAAGCGGGUGGGUUCCCGCUUCACGUGCUUCGGCGCCUCUUUCACCAUCUCAGAGGCUUGUCCAUCAACAUCGAACAUAUAAAAUACAAAACCUGAAUUCUGUAGAGACCGGACACCAGCUUGCCAUUGCUGAGCGUAACCUUUCAGUGGGAUAACCGAUCAUCAUCAGAUAUCCCUCUUCUCCCUCUGUUCUCACCAACAUUUAACUGCACCCAUCUUGCCCAGGACACACAAAUCUUCAUCAUUCUACCAUCUUUGUUUUCAUAACGUGGAGGUCUGAUGCAUGUAGACGUGUUUUCAGAAAAACUAAUUGAGAAGAGAAUGAAUGGGCAGUAGUGUGUUUCGUUCAUUUGCUCACACUCACACCGUAGCUGAAGAGGAACAGUAUCUUCCAUCUUUGUGUUUGCUUGUGUAAACAUUAGUUUCACAUCUUUCUAUUUGUAUAUCUCCCUCGUAUCAUUUUAAUGUGUGUGAAAACAUGUAUAUCAUGUGUAGCUCUCUGUGCCCUGUGUGUUUAUAUCUGUGUUUUUAAGAUCUCAGCUGUUUCAUCCAUCAUCUUUUUCACUUCAUCAUUUCAUCUCCAUCGUCCUCGUCACUGAUCCUUCGUUCUGUUCAUGUUCAGUGUUACAAGUCUGCUGUAGAUUUGAUCGACACAUACACACCUUCAGUUGCAUUUAGCGUUUCAACUUGUACCAUCUUUCGAAACAUAUAUAUUCAAAUCAAGAGGAUAGUGAGAAAGAAGUGUCUAACUUUGCUCUGAUGAUAUAAAACUGAGGAUUUUUCUUUCUAAAUGAUGUUUACAAUGAUUGCACUGUAGUAACGAGGGAUGAGUGGGAUGGAUGUUUCAGUUCACACCCAGAUCUGAAGAGAUGUAUAAUGGAGCUCUGUCCUCUCUACAGGAUUUGG